GGAGGGGGCCGCAAUCGGAAGAGGAGAUCCCACCAUGCCCAAAGUCUUUCUGGUGAAGAGGAGGAGCCCGGGAGUCUCGGUCCGCAGCUGGGAUGAGCUCCCGGAUGACAAAAGGGCAGACACCUACAUCCCAGUGAGCCUGGGCUGUCUGCUCUCCGACCCCCCCGAGGACUGCCGCAGCGACGGCGGCAGUAGCAGCGGUUGCAGCAGUAGCAGCAGCAGCAGCAGCAGCAGCAGCAGCAGCAGCAGCAGCAGCAGCAGCAGCGCCGGGGAGCCUGGAGGCACCGAGAGCAGCUCGUCCCCGCGCGCGCCGGAGCCUGAAACUCCAGAGCUCCACGACGCCGAAGGCCCCGAUGGACACCUGGCAGCGAUGCAGCGCCCGGUUGCCAGGUCAAAAAUCAAGUAUACCACAGGCACGUGCAACGACUCCGUGAUUCACAACUGUGAACUGUGUGGCAAGAGCUUCCGCCUGCAGCGCAUGCUCAACCGUCACCUCAAGUGCCACAACCAGGUAAAGAGACACCUGUGCACCUUCUGCGGCAAGGGCUUCAACGACACCUUCGACCUAAAGAGGCAUGUACGCACACAUACAGGCAUUCGCCCCUACAAAUGUGACGUGUGUUACAAAGCCUUCACCCAGCGAUGUUCCUUGGAGUCCCACCUGAAGAAGAUCCACGGUGUGCAGCAGCAGUAUGCUUACAAGCAGCGUCGGGACAAACUCUAUGUGUGUGAGGACUGUGGCUACACGGGCCCCACCCAGGAGGACCUGUACCUGCAUGUGAACAGUGCCCAUCCAGGUAGCACAUUUCUCAAAAAGACUUCCAAAAAGUUGGCGGCCCUUCUGCAGAACAAGCUGACGUCCCCACUGCAGGAGAAUUCCACCCUGAGUGAAGAGGAGGACAAGAAGUGAAGAGAGAGAGAAGGUGGAGGAGAGACGCUCGGUGCCACGUUUACUCGGACUUUAGGUUCUGAGGCGUACCCCUCCUCUGCUCCACGGGUUCUUUUCAGUGACAAGCAUUCAGUCCACCUCUUCUUUUGGGACAUCAACAGUAAGAUGCACUCCAAAGUUGUCCAUCAUUCUGCCACAGCAGGCCCUGUACUGUGUGUCUGUUUUCUUGGUGGCUGAGAUCACGUACGGGUUCGUGUGUGUGUGUGUGUGUGUAUGUGUGUGUGUGUGUGUGUGUGUGUGUGUGUGUGUAUUUUUUCUGAUGGAAUUUUCACACAUGAAUAGAGGGGUGUUCUUAAAGAGACCAUUGUCUUAUGGUGCCUUGAAAUGCUUCUCAA